AUGGAUCAUGUAGAUGCGAUAAGAUUGGCAGUAUUUCUGCCAGAAAAGAGGGGUACAUUCACUCUCAAGGGCCAUUUGCAGAAUGGUGACAAACUAAAUGAGGAAGGAACAGGUAUCUCAGGUGUUACCAAGGUAUCAGUAUAUUACUGGGACAAAGAUAGGGAGUGUAGGAAGCCUCUACUCAUGGAAGUCUAUGUCGGAGAUGUGGAUUUGAAAGGCAUACCUAUUUCUCUUGAGAAUGAUGGAUAUCCUGAUAACAAGAAAUGGACUAUGAUCCUUGGACAAGGCGGUGGCUAUCAACUUUCUCCAGAGACGCUUCACAAGUACAAGUGCAAACUUUUCAGACCUGCAAUCAUAGAUGUUUCUCAGACUGGAGUAUCUUAUGCCAACAAAUACUGCGAGGGUAAAAAGUGUACAAAUGGAAACUGCCCUGAUGAAGUAAUGGUUACUGAUUACAAAGAAGUAAAAUUAGAGAACUACAAAGCCAAAGCGCACACAUAUGGAAAGGAUAAUAAGACAUUUACCAUAACUGGCUUCAGAAAUGGUCUCUCUCUUCAGGAGCUAACUCCUCCAUUAUGGAAUGUUACAGAAUUAGUUGUCUUCUUUGCCUCUUGUUCUAAUUCUAAUGAUCCAGCUACCAGUAAACCUCUCCUAGUUUAUGUCAGCAGUGACAGCGGAAAGGAUCAUAGGUGGUACAGUAGGACUGGCAAGGAUAAGACUGCCUAUGAAUGGAAAGAAGAGGAAGAUAGACUAGGAGGUAAGGAUCCAAAAGCAGCUAGUAGUAAUGGUACUCUUCAAAGUAUUCUGGAGGAGAUUAAGGAGAAACUACAACUUAGCUGCAAAGAAGAAAAGAAAGAGGUUGAGAUACAGCAAGAACUACGUUCUGAAGAAAAUACUGUAGAACCAGGACAAAAGGCUAAAGCUAAAGUACAGCCUCAACAACCACCUGUUCCUCCUCCAGUCCCUCCUCUUCCUCAUGGAACUUCUGACUCUAAUCCUCCUGAAAUUAUUAAGACUACAAUCUCUGUAACUACCGGCUUUCUUGGUACUUCUGCCUUGGCUUGUUUUGCGGGAUGGAAACUGUAUAAUCGCUAUAACGGUGAUCCAUGGGUACGCCAAAUAUGAUGGUCCACAGAUCUUGUAUGUUCUAAGAAACACCAAAAGUAUGACCAGUACCAGUUUAAAUGUGUAACCAUAUAGCACAGGUAUACCGUU